AUGGCGGAUCGAUACUCCUUCUCCCUGACAACUUUCUCGCCCAGCGGCAAGCUGGUGCAAAUUGAGUACGCCCUCAAUGCGGUCAACCAGGGCAUCACGGCGCUCGGCAUCAAAGCUACCAACGGAAUCGUGCUCGCCACCGAGAAGAAGUCUUCGUCUCCGCUCGCCGAUCAGAGCUCAGUGUCCAAGAUUAGCAACAUCACGCCGAACAUCGGCGCCGUCUACUCGGGCAUGGGCCCCGACUACCGAGUGCUAGUCGACCGCGCACGCAAGGUCUCUCACACGGGCUACAAGAGAAUCUACAACGAGUACCCGCCCACGAGGAUACUGGUCCAGGACGUCGCCAGGGUCAUGCAGGAGGCCACACAGUCCGCGGGCGUACGACCGUACGGCGUCAGCAUGCUGGUGGCCGGAUGGGAUGACGGCAUCGAGCCCGAAGACGAAGCGACGCCGGCCGAGGGCGAGGUCGAGGGCGAGAAGAAGGCGAGCAAGAAGACGGGCGGCAUCCAGAAGGGCGGGCCGAUGCUGUACCAGGUCGACCCGACCGGCAGCUACUUCCCGUGGAAGGCGACUGCCAUCGGGAAGAGCGCGACCAAAGCCAAGACGUUUCUGGAAAAGAGAUACUCGGAGGAGCUCGAGCUUGAGGAUGCCAUCCACAUUGCCCUGCUGACCCUCAAGGACAACAUCGAGGGCGAGAUGAACGGCGACUCGAUCGAAAUCGGCAUCGUCGGUCCUCCGGCGGAGCACUUGCUGGGCAUGGAAGGAGUCGAGGGAGUGACCGGGCCCCGCUUCAGGAAGUUGACCCCUCAGGAGAUUGAAGACUACCUUACCAGUCUAUGA